GUCCUUAAAAGCAAAGGAAGCCACGCAGGCAGUUAAUGCUGGGUUUGGUCCGGCUUCAAAAGCUGUCUGCUCCGGGAAGCGACCGGUCUGCGAUGCACUGAGGGCUCCGCACCCACCGGCGCGCACGGACCCCGCAGCCCUCGGCAGCGACGCAGGGCGAGCACCGAGUCCGGAGAGCGGUGACUCAGCGCUGAGUCAGACAAGAGCUACGUGCGGCCGCCAGCGCCGGCUCCGCGGCUGCCGGGACCCGGUGACGUCCAGGAUCCAAGGCCCGGGAAGGCCCCACGUGACCCCCGUUUCCAGGGCUUAGGCUGACGCUUUUACCCGCUGUUGUUUCCUUAGAUCUGAGAUUCCACUUGCUCUGGCGGUUUUUUGUUUUGUUUUGUUUUGUUUUGGUGGGUUUUUGCUUUGUUUUUGCGCGGGUUUACAUUUUUAAUAACCCGGCACCCAUUUUUCUGGCAGGGGAGUGACUUUUUUUUUUAUAUAUAGCUGCCAUUUUUUUUUUAAAGGAGUCAUCAGAAGAAUGAGAUAGUAAAACAAAACCAUGUGUUGCAAAUGAUGCGUCGAAUCAUCCCACGACUUUGAGGCUGAAUUAAUGUGGCCGCGGUGGAAGCCCUGAACAUUGGGUAACCAUGGAAAGUCUGUAGGAUCUGAUUCGCCGUGUUAAAGAAAGCAAAUCUUUGCUCUUUGUUCAGCCACUUUCUAAUAAAGGAUUCCAGAAGCUGGAGACGUAUUUGACAGUGAUUCCUUACAGAGAAGCCUGGCGGCACACUGGGUAUUCGGCCCUCUAGCAUCCUGUCAGGAUUGUGCCAAGCGUGACGGUGAUGGUUUUGGUGAUGCUGGGUGGAGAGCCAACAGUGGGUAUCGCAUGGUUCAGUGCUGCUGAUUCCGGAGUGUUCUAUCUGUCCUUGUGGAUCUCCGUGUGCCUGUGAGACAACGCACAACCGAGGAGCAGCCUUCUGCUCCGAAUGCUUUUCCUGCAGGGAAGAACUUCGAGGUUGCAUUGGCUCUCCAGGCUAUGUGUAGGCAUAACUUCUCGAUUUUUUAAAAGGAAGUCAAAGACUCCAAACUCAAAAGGGAAGGAGGGAGGGAGGAAGAAGAUGAAACUGUGAGAGAUGGGAGAGCUGAAAAAUGGAAUGUGAUGUUUCAACUACUGAUGACAAGACAUUUAACAUGUUAGGUUAGUUAGCCUCGGAAAUUUUGAGAACGUUGAAUAGAAUAUUUAAAAUACAACUAAUUAUAUUUGUCAGCUGGUGUUCUGGGUCUCAGAACCUUCCUGGUGCUUGCUUCUCCUUCUGGACUUCUAUUUAAGUAGCCGCAUGACAUGUGAUUUGACCCUCUCCUCUCUGUGAACACAGCUCGAUCUCAAUGCACAGGAGCUUCAAGCAGAGCUCUUCAGUGAGUAAUAGGGUAAGACUCCAGCAUGCUGUGCCUCCAAGGGCAUCUGCAAAGGGAAAGCCUCUGCCCCCGUGAGCCUUUGGGCUGCUGUCCACCCUUCCACCUAAGUGAGGGACGAUGCCUGGGGAACCUGAUUUCUUCACUCAAGAUGCAAAUUUCUACCCUGGAUCAUGAGGAACUUCGCUUUGACUUUCCUCAAAUCCAGAAAUACAUAACUCUUUCCGAGAGCACAUUCUCAACAGUAAACAAAUGAGCAUACAUAAAAUCAAAAUAUAGGCAGGGACAGUGGUUCGUGUCUGUAAUCUCAUCAAAUGCAGAAGGUGUGCCUGGAUUUGAAUGAAGGCAGCUUGGGCUACAGUGUGAUGCCUUGUUCCCCAAACCUAAUAUGUUGCAGAAAUGUUUUCCCAGUUUGCUUUAGUUUGACACAGCCUAGAGUCACCUGAGAAAGGAGUCUCGACUGAGGGAUUGUCCAGCUCCGAUUACUCCAUGGAUGUAUCUGGAGUGAACUGACUGUCUUCUUUGUUACUGAUGUAGAAGGGCCCAGCCAAUCGUGGGUGGCACCAUUCUCUAAGCCAACAGUCCUGGGUUGUGUAAGAAUUCCAGCUAAGCAUGAGCCUGAAAGCCAGCUACCAAGUACUAACUCCUCUAUGGUUCCUGCCUCAAGUCCCUGCUCUGACUUCUGUCUGUGGUGAACUGUCACCUAUGAGACGAAAUAAACUUGUUCUCCUAUGAGUUCUAUUUAGUCAAAGAGUUUUAUCAUAUCAACAAUAUUAAGAAGCAAGAUGGCGGGCCCGCGGAAUGAAAAUCUGUGUGCCUAGAAACAGAUUUUAGAAGCCAUUUCUCCUCACAAUAUCUUUUUUCAAAUCACCUGAUGAAGAUCAUGGCUACAGCAGUAAAAUGGGUGUCAGCAAGCAGAGCUAUCUGGAAACAUUUAUUUCCAAUCCAAAGUGGAGCUUUGUCUAGUGUGUGUUGUAAAUCUACAUAUUCUUCUCUUCCAGAUGACUACAACUGCAAGGUAGAGCUCGCUUUGACAUCUGACGGCAGGACGAUAGUCUGCUACCACCCUUCUGUGGACAUCCCGUACGAACAUACCAAACCUAUCCCUCAACCAGAUAUUUUGCAUAAUAAUAAAACACAUGAACAAGUGCUAAAAAGCAAAUUAGGAGUAAAAAGUGCCCAGCUUGAGCGAGGAACCAUGAUAGAUCAGCUCAGCAAGGUGUUCUUCACUACAGAGCACCACUGGUACCCGCAAGGACAGUAUCACAGACGUCGUAAGAAACUGAAUCCUCCCAGAGACAGGUGACUGUUCUUGAUUUGCGGAGCAUCAAGGAGAGUUUGGAUCUUAUUUGUCAGCUGAGAAAAUGCAAAUGGUGUACUGGUUAUGAUGUCAUGUAGGAAAAUAAUAAAAAUACACUUUCAUAAAAAA